UGUAUGUUGCUUAAGUAUAGUAGUAAGUAUAUAGCUUUAAGAACGAAGAAUAAAAACAAAAUAGGCCGCCCCCGGGUGGGCUCGAACCACCAACCUUUCGGUUAACAGCCGAACGCGCUAGCCAAUUGCGCCACGGAGGCUCUUACGAAACUUUGUGAAAUAGGAGACUAAAUUCUAAACACAAUAAGAAUGAAUGACAAAGAUAGAAAUAUUAAUGGAAGCGUCUUACCUGAGUUAAAUGAAAACCUGUUUUGUACCUGCGGAGCCGACUUCAAUGUAACACACACAAAACACUGUGUUCUGUCCUCAAUGCAAAAGCCUUUCGAACAAUGCGCUUUUGGAAAACGUUUAGUGUGUCAAGUUCAAGUUAUUCGAAGUUUGAGCAAAAGCAAAGUUAUGUGAUUGAGGUUAUGUUGACAAGCUAAGGUUUAAGUUAACGAUUAGCAAAUCAAAUGAUUCUAUAAAUAAAUGUGUGUGAAGUGUUGAAUCGUGUUGAGCGUGUUACCGACCGCAGUGUUUGCAUUCGUCUGACAGUUUUUUUACAAAACAAACGAGGUAUUUGAUGUUUAUUUGUGUUUGUUUUAUCAAAACAACUCUCGUGAAUCGUGUAUAGUGAUUGCGAAAUAAUACUCAAUACUGUGGUAAGCUGUUUACCGGCAAUUAGUUAGGGAAAAACGUCACAAAAGUUAGUCAAGAUUUAUCCAAUCAAAAAGAAGCAGCCUGUGCCAAUGGCAAAUAGGGUGACGGGCACAUGCUGCACCGCGUCCGUGGAGCGCGCCGGCUUGCCGGGCCUGCUGCGCGACCUGCAGAGACUCUCCGAGGACCAAGACUCUGCUGACAUUGUCUUCAUCCUCGGACCAAGCGAAGAAAAAGUCUACGCUCAUAAAAUAAUCUUAAUUGCAAGAUGCAAAAGCUUCCAAAACACAAAGCGUGGCGAGGUUUGCAGGAUUCCGGGAUGUACGGUAACGCCAUCUAUCGGUGGGCAGCCGACACCGAUAAGAAUGCCGCACGUGCAAGUCGAAACAUUCCGGCUUUUUGUACAAUACGUUUACACAGGAAAGUUAUUACUGCAAGAUUCUGGGGUAUUCGAGAUGAUGACUUUAGCAGCAGAUCUCGGAGUAGAGGAUCUCAGAUCAGCUUGUGAAGACCAUGUUACUUCUACAUUGAGUGUGGAAAGUGCGUGCACGUUAUUAGCUGCUGCAAUGGAAAUACAAGAUCGACCAGGCGGUAAGAGUGCGUCGUCGUUCAUGGAGCGCUGCAUCACGUUCAUCGGCGACAACGCGGCGGACUGCGUCAAGACUAACGCCUUCCUCAACCUGCCCAAGGAAGCGCUCAUCAAACUUAUCUCCUCGGAUUUCCUGUGCCUGGAGGAGGAGGAGGUGUGGCGCUGCGCGCUGGCGUGGGCCAAGCAGCGCGCCGGCGUGACGCAGCCCACCGCGCACUGGACCGAGGAGGAGCGCGCGCGCGUCGUCACGCACCUCGCGCCGCUCAUGCAGCAUGUGCGCCUGCUGCUCAUCGACAGCGCGGUGUUCGCGGAGGAGGUGGAGCCGACGGGCGCGGUGCCCAUGGAGCUGUCGCUGGAGCGCUACCGCCGCGCCGCGCUGCACGCCGCGCCCGCGCCGCGCCCCGCCAGCGACAAGCGCACGCAGCCCAGGUUGGCAGUCAACAUGUUUACCGGUUCGUUAAUACUGCAGCAAGAUAAGAGCGCGUUCCAGGCUGUAAUCAACAACUGGUGCGGAACUCCCAAGCAGUCGUGGCGGCUGAUCUUCCGCGCGUCCACUCACGGCUUCUCUGCGCAGGCCUUCCACUCGCACUGCGACGGUGUGGCGCCCGUACUGCUGCUGGUGCAGUUGUCCCGCGGCGAGGUGGUGGGCGGGUUCAGCGAGGCGGCGUGGGUGGCGGGCGGCGCGGGCGGCUACGCGGCCGCCGAGCGCGCCUUCCUGUUCGCGCUGGCCGAGCCGCCCGCGCGGUACACGCUGCUCAAGAAGGCCUUCGCGCUCUGCUACCAUCCCGAUUGUGGGCCAAUAUUCGGCGCAGGCGCAGACCUGUUCAUCUCGAGCAACUGCAACAGCAACAGCGAGAGCUACAGCAACCUUCACUCGUACGGCGACCAGAUGGCGCCCGCCUCGCUCGCCACUGACUACAACUUUACCGUCAGAGAUUAUGAGGUCUUCACUUAUAAACACAAUUAAAUUGUUGGUAAAAACUUAAAUACCAACAUUACAAACAUACUAUUUAAUCCAUACGAAUCAUGGAUCAUGUUUCCCACAACAUUAACGUUUUCUAAGACUGUUUGCCUCAAGCUUGAUAGUAGAAAAACUAUCAAUGAGAUUAUUUAUCGAUUCCUUUAAUGGUUUAUUACUUUCAUUUUUAAAUUAUUAAGAAAUAUACCUCCUAGUAUUAUGUCUAAUGAACCACGCACAAAUAAAGUUAAGAAUUUAGAUGAGGAGCUUAGCAGCUAGGUUGUAGCUACUUGCCCCUAGAUGGCGCUGCCUGUUACACAUUGUAUCGUAUCACCAAUAUUUGUAAAAAUGGCAGUAACACAAUUUAUACUUACUGAAUGAGAUUUUAUUUUUAUAUUUUCAUGUCUUUUUAUUGGAGCAAUAAAAAUGAAAUUAUU